AUUGCAGAGCGCACUGGAGCCUUGGCCAGCGCGCAGCUUCCCCCGGCGCCGGCAAGCUGGGUCUUGGGAAUUCUGGGUUGUUUUGGCUCACUGGCUUUUACAAACUGCUGGAUUUUACAUGCCUCUGUAGCCCCCACUUCCACUCCAUGUCCCCAUGCUGCUGCGCCAGCAACAGGACGUGUUCUCUGGAUGGAAAGCCGAGUUACUAAGGUGACUCUGCAUGUCAGUAGACGGACUGUGAUAGAACCUUAAGGCUCCCGGAGACCACAUCUCUCGCUAUUAUUAUUAUUUUUUGUGUGUGUGUGUCCCCACUGAACAUUCAAAACUGUUUCUCCAAAGGGUUUUGCAAAAACUCAGACUGUUUUCCAAAGCAGAAGCUCUGGAGUCCACAGCAGAAGCGAUGGGCAGUGUGCGGACCAACCGCUAUAGCAUCGUCUCUUCGGAAGAGGACGGCAUGAAGUUAGCCACCAUGGCGGUUGCCAAUGGCUUUGGGAACGGGAAGAGUAAAGUCCACACUCGACAGCAGUGCAGGAGCCGCUUCGUGAAGAAAGACGGCCACUGUAACGUUCAGUUCAUCAACGUGGGUGAGAAGGGACAACGGUACCUCGCAGACAUCUUCACCACGUGUGUGGACAUCCGUUGGAGGUGGAUGCUGGUCAUCUUCUGCCUGGCCUUCGUGCUCUCGUGGCUGUUUUUUGGCUGCGUGUUUUGGUUGAUAGCUCUGCUCCACGGGGAUCUGGAUGCCUCGAAAGAGAGCAAAGCUUGUGUGUCUGAGGUCAGCAGCUUCACGGCCGCCUUCCUCUUCUCCAUUGAGACCCAGACCACCAUAGGCUACGGCUUCAGGUGCGUCACGGACGAAUGCCCCGUCGCCGUCUUCAUGGUGGUGUUCCAGUCGAUCGUGGGCUGCAUCAUCGACGCCUUCAUCAUCGGGGCGGUCAUGGCCAAGAUGGCAAAGCCGAAGAAGAGGAACGAGACGCUUGUCUUCAGUCACAACGCUGUGAUCGCCAUGAGAGAUGGCAAGCUGUGUCUCAUGUGGCGCGUGGGCAAUCUGCGCAAAAGCCACUUGGUGGAGGCUCACGUCCGAGCGCAGCUCCUCAAAUCCAGAAUCACAUCCGAAGGGGAAUACAUCCCCCUGGAUCAAAUAGACAUCAACGUCGGCUUUGACAGUGGAAUCGACCGUAUAUUUCUGGUGUCCCCCAUCACGAUCGUCCACGAGAUAGAUGAAGACAGUCCUUUAUACGAUUUGAGUAAACAAGACAUCGACAAUGCAGACUUUGAAAUCGUGGUAAUACUGGAAGGCAUGGUGGAAGCUACUGCCAUGACAACGCAGUGCCGCAGCUCCUAUCUGGCAAACGAAAUCCUCUGGGGCCACCGCUAUGAGCCUGUUCUCUUUGAAGAGAAGCACUACUAUAAGGUGGACUAUUCAAGGUUCCACAAGACUUACGAAGUCCCCAACACACCCAUUUGUAGCGCCAGAGACUUAGCAGAAAAGAAAUACAUCCUCUCGAAUGCAAACUCAUUUUGCUAUGAAAAUGAAGUUGCCCUCACCAGCAGAGAGGAAGAUGACAGUGAAAAUGGAGUGCCAGAAAGCACUAGUACGGACACACCCCCUGGCCUGGAUCUUCACAACCAGGCAAGUGUACCUCUAGAGCCCAGGCCCUUACGGCGAGAAUCGGAGAUAUGACUAACUCAUUCCUUCUCUGGAAUAUUUACUUUAAAACAGUCUGUUGGUCAAAGGCCCAAAACAGUUAUUCAGACGACGGUACUGGUGAAGAGGUCGGUCAAGGCAAGUAGCCACAAGGGACUGAGGCUAGCACAAUGGCUUCCAAGAAAGACUGUAAGCUCGAAGAUGAACAUAAAGCACUAAACAUGCCUCCCCGGGACCCGAUGGCACAUACGUGUUGUAGAAUAAGUUAUGGGGUUUUUAUGUUUUGUUUUGUGUUUUUUACAAAACUUGAACUUGCAGGCAAGCCUUGGUUGGGUAUUUGACUUAUCCAGAAUGCUUCUCUUUAGGGAACAAGAAUGUUUUUAAUGGCAUAACAAAGGCAAGACUCUGCCUUAAUUUUUGAAAAGCUGCUAACUACAUGAACACAAAUGGUAUUUUUGUUGUAGUGUAGUUUUUCUCUGUGUAAUUUAAAAGUCAGUGUUGAACUUUGUUGAAAGCUCAUGAUAUGCACUUCAAAGUGGCAAGUAUUUGGCUAUUAGCUGCCAAAAUGAGAGCCUGAUUUUUUGAGGCCAGUAAUUUGUUUGCUAGAAUUGAUUUCUCUCUCUCCGUCCCUCCCCCUCUCUCUCUCUUUCUCUCUCCCUGGUUACAUAAGGGCAUUAUGUAACACUAGCCAAAUGGUAGCCUCUGGGUUGGGAUUUAUUUUUCUUUUCCUCCAUGAUGUUAAUGGGUUAUCUAAAAUUUUAACUUAGACUACCUAAAAUAAAUACCAAAGAUAAUGCACAUUUUUGCACAGUGGAGCUUAUAGUAAAAAGGGAGGAAAGCCCCAUGGCUGCCUUGGAAUCAAGAGACAGUAACUUUGAACCUCAGCAAGACCUUGAACUGCACCUUAUUCAGAAAAUAGAACAUCAUGCACACAGGAUCUAGUAAACGUAGUGCUUUUUAAAACUUUGUUCUUUCAUGCAACUUUCAUGUUAUAGGAGGAAGGAGAAAUGGGAAGUAAAAUUCACACACACACACACACACACACACA